UACGUUUCGAAUCUGCGUGGUUGUCGCCUCCGCACAUAUUGACCCUUGCCCAGGUAUAUCCAGCUCCAGGAGGAAUACAUUAAGGAUGAACAAAGGUAAGACAUUUUGGCGUCGCACAAAUGAAUUAUCUCACUAACACCGGAAAACUUUAUAGGAGCUUGAAGCGAGAGCUUGUUCGUGCACAGGAGGAGAUCAAGCGGAUACAGAGUGUUCCCUUGGUCAUCGGUCAAUUUAUGGAAGCGAUCGAUCAAAAGUGUGACGCGCCGGUCAUUUCAGGACAUAGUGGAACUAUAGUGCUGACUAUAUUGAUGUAGCACCGGUAUCGUGCAGUCCUCGACCGGCUCGAAUUAUGUCGUCCGCAUCCUGUCUACCCUCGACCGCGAGAAGCUCAAGCCCUCAUCCUCGGUCGCCCUCCACCGUCAUUCAAACGCCCUUGUUGAUAUCCUCCCGCCCGAGGCAGACUCCUCGAUUGCUAUGCUGGGCGAGAAUGAGAAGCCAGAUGUUACAUAUGCGGAUGUUGGUGGUCUGGAUAUGCAGAAGCAGGAGAUCAGAGAGGCGGUCGAGCUGCCUCUGACACACUUUGACCUUUACAAGCAGAUCGGU